AUGGAACUUCCCGUAGCUAGCGACGCUACGAUGCUAGCUCAGCGCGAAGAGGGUUCAUACACGUUUGUACAGGUAGUUUGCUACCACGAUGACGGGGCUUUGGAAAAGCGUGAAGAGCUCAUGCGCAUUGUUAAGAGCAAGGACUGCAAGAUCACUUACGUGGAUCAGCUCUACGGUUCAUUCUAG